UGUUUUUACUGUGUUAACAUUUGUGUUUGUUUUCAUGUUAUGUGGUGUUUUCACAAGCAAAACCAAGCUAGUUUGCAGAAAUAUGGUGUUAAUCAUUUGGUGCCUAUCACUUGGUUACACUGUACUGUAUAAAACCCAGUGUGUGUGUGUGUGUGUGUGUUUGUGUGUGUGUGUAUGAAGGUCUCUCUGAUAAAGCUAUUACAUAACUGUGGGAGCAGGGGUGGACGGCAGUGGAUAAAUAUUAGCCUGUUAACAGCUGGGCCAUCCAAAGAGGAGAAGCUGGUGUCAAGGGGUCGCCAUGGUAGCAGGAGUGACGGUUUCCAAGGCGAUCCUCCUGUGCUCAAUAACCCGAAGUCAGUGUUGAAGAGACAGGUGAGUCCAGAGGAGCUGCAGAAACCUGGUGGAAAAUACCUGAAGAGGACGUUCACUAUUGUUGGUGAUGCAGUGGGCUGGGGGUUUGUCGUGAGGGGCACUAGUCCAUGUCACAUUCAGGCUGUUGAUCCCAGCGGACCUGCGGCUGCUGUUGGAAUGAAGGUGUGUCAGUUCAUAGUGUCUGUAAAUGGCAUUAAUGUGUUGGAGAUGGACUAUCGGACGGUCAGUCACCUUAUCCUCACUGGACCACGCACUGUUGUGAUGGAGGUGAUGGAGCCAUUGGACUGCUGAGGACACUAUUUAAGGAAAUACUUUAAAACGCCAACUGCAAGGUAUUCUCAUAGUCUUAGAGGGACUAGACUAGUCGUCUCUCUAUCUCAGAGUUCACCUAGCCUGGUCUUGGAGAUCUGGCUUCCUGCAGAGUCUAGUCCUAACCACAGUCUGCCACACCUGCUCCAAAUCUUCGAAGAGGAAUGUCAGCAUUUCUGCAUCAUGGUACCAAAGUCGGUAAAGUGGUUUAAUGUGAAACGCACUGUUCUAAAGAAAGUUGCUGGUUCCUGGAGGUAAUGAGCUGCAAUGCAAACAUGGCCAUUUCAUUUAUUAUCCAGAAUGACAAGUAAAGCUCCACAUGUUUUCAUGGGGGAUAUUUUAGGUUAGAACACUUUAUGUGUACUCAUUUCACCAUGAAUGCAUUUUAGGCCAAAAUAUCUACCUCAUAACUGUGAUAAAAUCAUGUUUGUGGUGGUUUCUAUCACCACCACUGUGAAUGAACUCUUAAAGUUUCUCUAAAAUGGAACAUUUCAUACCAAACCACUCAGACUAGCUUUGUUUACUCUAAACUCUGCAUUAAGUUAGAUCUCCAGGACCAGGAUUAUUGACCACUGGUCUAGAUCACAUGCAGGAUUUGCACAGUAGUAAAGGAGGUUCUUGGACUUGCAGGCCAGUGUCAGAAUAUCUCACUGUCAUGGAAUUAGAAUGAACAGAGGUGCUCAAUAAUAAAACUAUGCCCAAGAAUAAGCUCUUAUGUGUGAAGGUGACAGUCUGGUCUUUACCGAGAGACCCUGAGGGUUUGCUUUCCACUGUGAAAAAUAAUGUCUUUUAGUCAUCAGGAAUCUAACAAUAUUUCAGGCUUGAUGUAAGAAUAUUAUAAGAUUACUACAAAGGUUUUAUGGGUUUAUGGAAUGUUGUACUGUGAAAUGAUUUAUUCCAUUAUUUCUUGAAAUAAGCUGAAUUCAAUAAGGAAAUGCCCGUAACACUUUACUUGAACUCUCCUGCAUAACACUGACAGAAAAUGCCAUAAACAUGAUGGCAUGUGAUGUCAGUGUUAUGUAGCAGAGUUCAAGUAAAGUGUUAACCACCCUCCACCUCCAAAAACAAGUUGUAUAAUCUUAUCAACAGUCUUACAAGGUGAAAUAUUAGAUAUGGUGACCAGAUCUGAGAUCUUUACUUCCCAAGACAUUGUUUUCCUGCAGUGAGCUGGAAAGUGAACUAUUUGCUUAUCAUCGCUGCUGUGACAAAAUCUUGUAGCUCUGAAAGGAAACUUUAUUGGUGAUGGGGAAAUUGUUGAACUUAUUCUAAUAUACAUGAUUAUAAUCUGAAUUUGGAUCAUUUCUAUUGUUCCAUUCAUCAUGACUUUUUUCAUGCAAUGUAAAUGACAGCUGACAUUUUCACGAGAUGAAAAAGUGAAGCUGCAGGGUUUGGAUAUGUAAGUGAUGAUAUACUGUAAGCAACACUGGUGAAUAUUUGCCCUCUGUUUUUGGCUGUAAACAAAACACAAUCAUAUUCAAAAGUCUAAACGCCAUCUAGUCAAACUGUAUGUUUGGUUGAUUUUCUAGGUGAAAACAUCUUUUACAAAGAACACAUGGCUUUAAACGUCAAACUUAGAUUUAUUUUGCUGAGUUUAAAGCAGGGGUUUAAAACAGCUCAAUCUGCAAGGGACCGUGGUUGGUUAGUGUAGUGGUUAACACCUCUGCCUUCUACACUGUAGACUGGGGUUCAAUCCCCCACCUGGGCAAACACCUUACACUAUACCAAUACGAGUCCUUGGGCAAGACUCCUAACACCACCUUGGCCUACCUGUGUAAAAUGAUCAAACUGUAAGUCGCUCUGGAUAAGAGUGUCAGCCAAAUGCCGUAAAUGAUGCAGAUGCAGGUUUUCGUUUCAACAAGACCUGAUUUAGUCAGUCUCAGUCUAUAAUCAGCUGAUCAUGUAUGAUCUGCUUUGUCGCAAUGAAGACCUGCAGCCACACCAACCUCUGCUGAAGUUUGGACACCCCUGGAUUAAAGUAUCUGAAAACAUACAACAAAUGAUAUAAAACAUAAUAAUUUUCACUUAUAUCACCAAAAUACUGUUUGACCAGGUACACAAACCUUUGCAUACAACUGUAAAAGGGCCACAGCAUCUGUACUGUACAUUUAGAAUUUAGAUAUUCUAAAAAAACUGGAGCAGUUUCUUUAGAGAGACUCACAAUAUAACAGGAGUAUCAUUUGAGCUAUGGAUUUCUUUUUCCUUUCCCUUUUACCUGAGAGUGCUGUGUUUUAUUCUGCUGUGCUGUAGUGCCCAUUGACCACUCUACUGUUCAUGUCAAGCUCAGGUCACUCGCAUGCCACCGGGCAGACAAAAGCAGCAAGUCCACGUUGCCAUUAACCUUAUCUCUCUGUUACAGUGGCAUUGUUUAAUCUCCCAAAACCCCUUUAAUGAUCCAGUUUUUCCUUUUUUCAGCAGUUCUGGCUUUUUGGAACGAAUUUUUCAACUUUAAUUCUUAACAACUUAUUAACUUAUUAACAACUUAAUUCUUAACAGCUGAAUGAUGCUGAAAAUCAAUAGACAUCUGCAACUCUGUGUAUGAUGAUGGUAUGUGCUUGUACUCAUGAUGUAGACUUAAGCCUUUAACCGUUCAAAGCGGUUUGAUGUGUUUUUGUGUUGUAGCAUUGCACUUCUAUGUAAUUGUGUGUCUUUAGCGUUCAGUCACACCACUGACAACUCAUUACUGAAUCAUUCCUAAUGUCGGGUGUUGUACAUGACAUUCUAUUCAUUUUGUGAUUUUUCUCUUUAGCUUUGAAUUAUCAUUACGUUUUUUGUAUAAUCUAUGUACAAACAUUGUGCCAAGAAGCAUUUUGUCUCUGCAUACACUCAAUAAAUGUCUUUUAAAAAAUA